GUCAAAAAAGUUGCCACCAACAUGUCAAAAAUUACUCUCGUUCUUGCUAUUCUUUGCCUUUGCGUGGUUGUUCAGGCCCAAACUCGUGAUCAAGAAAUUUGCCGUAUAGAAAACGAAACUUGCCGUCGAAAUGAACGGAGAUUGGGAGUUCAAAAUGAUGUUUCGACCAUAUUUAAUGAUAAUUGCCGCCGCCAGCCAGGAAUUAGAAACUGGCGCAAUGUUUCUCGCUGCGAAUUGUCGCUGGCCACUUGUCGAUUGACACUCGAGCGCUGUGCUGCUAUAAACUGCAGAAAUGUGAGAAACAGCAUUGAUGGUGGGGUCACCAGACGCCCUCCCACUUCAAGGAUGACAACGCCGGGAAUUCCUGGCACCGGAAGACCUCGAACUACUCGUAGGACCCCAACUACUCGUCGAACACCGACUACUAGAUCUUCUCGCGGCACCGGAAGACCUCGAACUACUCGUAGGACCCCAACUACUCGUCGAACACCAACUACUAGACCUUCUCGUAGAACUACUCGUGGCACCGGACGACCUCGAACUACUCGUAGGACCCCAACUACUCGUCGAGCACCAACACCUAGAUCUUCUCGUAGAACUACUCGUGGCACCGGAAGACCUCGAACUACUCGUAGGACCCCAACUACUCGUCGAACACCAACUACUAGACCUUCUCGUAGAACUACUCGUGGCACCGGACGACCUCGAACUACUCGUAGGACCCCAACUACUCGUCGAGCACCAACACCUAGAUCAUCUCGUAGAACUACUCGUGGCACCGGAAGACCUCGAACUACUCGUAGGACCCCAACUACUCGUCGAGCACCAACACCUAGAUCUUCUCGUAGAACUACUCGUGGCACCGGAAGACCUCGAACUACUCGUAGGACCCCAACUACUCGUCGAACACCAACUACUAGAUCUUCUCGUAGAACUACUCGUGGUCGGACCACAAGAUCUUCUCGUAGAACUACUACUCGUCGACCAACUGAAGAAUAAACCCUAGAACCAAAUCGCUCAGAAUAAUACC